CUCGCAUGGCCCUUCUAUACGGAACUCGCAUGGAUCUAGCCAUACGAGACCUGCAUUCUAAUCUACACACGAGAACCACAGGCCAGGCAUACGCGACCUACAUGACCUGAGUAUAAAUUCUCAUCUGAUAUCUCCCACUGCCCAACAGAUCGAUUGUGCAUCUACUGAGACACCGGGAAUCAAGAUGAGGUUCGGUUUCACCUUCCUUGCCCUGGGGGCCACUUUCUUGCCUCAGACUUUUGCCAACUUUGACGUUUACGCUGCGAUAGAAGAGCUUCCGUCUGCAGGGAUCUAUCGAUACGGCUACCAGGUCUUCGCGACUGACCCCAGCUGCAACGAGGUCUUCGAUAGGUGGUUCUGGAACUGGCAGAGCGAUGUGAGCGGGACAAAGACAGGCAUGCGGUGUUCGGCAUCUCCGAGCAGCGCUUGCUUUCCAGAUAUCGACGGAAGAGUUGAGAGAGAUCCCGCCAACAUCAACCAGCUGGAGAUGAACUUCCACGGGACGAAUCCAAUCUAUCACUGGACUCUAUACAAGGAUCGCGGCUAUACUAUGGUCGGACUGGAUGGUAACACAUAUGGAAAUUGUAUUCUAUUCCCUAAGCACACCUACGACUGCGAGGAGUCGGGUACUUAUCGGUAUGCGGAAAGGAAGUUUCGUUGCCUAACACAGUUUACUGCGGAUCAGCUCAACAAUGCCCCUUACCUCUAGUACUAAGAUACUGCGUAUAUUUCCAUGAAUGAUAAUCUUGCAUUCAGUUUCAAUUCCCUCUGAAGGGCGGAUGGAUGCGAAUUGUUAUAGAGGCGCUAAAUCGGAGUGAUAUGAAGCUUGGGAUGUAGUGAUACUGUACACUAUCAUAGAAAUAUACACGUGUCGCGCGAGAGGCGUUUGGUCGCCCUGGCCGCCGUGGACGAUACAAAGAACAGCGGCUCUUGAUUGGUGGCAAGUUUCUAGGCUAGGUGGAGUGUGAUGAAUGGGCCAGGGUAGUAGCAAGCAAACUAUUAUUGAAUAAAGCACCGAUUUUUUUAUUAUUAUUUUCUCACGACAAAUAGUAUACCGAUGAGCAGCAGUAGUGUGAAUG